UGCUCACCGCGACGCGUCCCCUUUAUUGACGUUCCGAUAACGCCCUCGACAUCUGCCAGGCGCUCCGCGUAACGGCCCUCACACUGUGUCAAAGCCGCGAGCCACUCCGCGAGCCAUUCGACGAGUCCUUUGACCUGGGCAGUUGACCGAAAUGCUUGCCUUUAACGCGAUUCGUCACUGCUCUCUUUGUAGAGCGAGAAAGUCUGCCUAAAACACGGAUACUACAGUACGACGGAGAAGACAUUCUCAAGGUCUCUCACAGGUUCUGCUCGCCGACAGAGUCAUGGAUCACCGGCUGUGGUCAACUGCUGGAGGUAUAUGCCUCACUUUCUUCUUGGAUGCGGCUGGAGCCGAGAGCACCGACUGGGAAGACUCCAUGAGAAGGCAGUUCGAGCCAAGCUACGACAGCAAGUGGAAGCGCCUACGGUCGCGUACUCACUUGUCCACCGGGGCGAUCGUGGGAAUCGCCGUCGCGGUGGUCGCAGUGGUCGCGUCGGUCUUCCUGUGCUGCUGUUACCGACGGAGAAGACGACGCAUUCUGGCCACGCAGCAGCACGUCGUGCAUCCGGCCAUGGUACCGCCGAUGCCAGGCGUGGCGCCCUACGCGUGCCCAGGAUCGUGCCCUCCCGUCCCGGUCGUUGCUCCGUACCCUGCGCAGUACUACCAGCACCAGGCGGCGCAGCACGCGCAAAUGGGACUCCACGCUGGUCACAACAUGGCGGCCCCCUCGCAACAGCCGUCGACACUGCCGAUGCCUUCGCCUACCGCGCCACCCGAACCACCGCCGCCCUACAACUACAGGGCGAACUACCCGCACUGAGGCGUGACCUCAGAGAUCCGGAGUUCGCGCGCCGCCCGAUAUCGGAGGCAAUUACUCUUCAUUAGGCGACCGCGACUGUGACAAAAAAAAAAAUUCUGUCGAGCACAGGGCACAGGAACGUGGCACAGGAACACAUAGCAACCACGCGUCACCAAGUGCGCAAAGCGCAACGACAAAGGCACUGCUAGGACAAAUGUUUUCGUUAAACUAUCCUGUCUAGAAAUUCCAGCACAUCCUGUGGCGUACACGUCCUUUCUGAUAGGGCAAAAGUAGUCCUGGUCAUCGUCCUUGCGGACUGCGUCUUUUUUUUUUUCGGAGUAAAAAAAAUAGACCAAUGCA